AAAAUCUUAGUCCUUUUUUUCGGCAAAAAAUAAAAAAAAAACAGCCCCCCACCAACGCCACUAUUAGAUCGAAAUAAUGAUUAUUUCAACAUUUUGACUAAUUCCUUUCCCCGUUUAUUGCGCAACUCUCGUGAAAAGCCAAUUCGGCUACCUAGGUACUCAAACUCUUAACGUUACCUAGACUAUUCUAUCAUUCGUAGAGACCGUUCACCCCUCUUUACCAUAGAAUCGUCCAGGUUUCGUUAUCACAAAUCAUCACACAACAUUCCUGGCGCUAGUGUAAUCUGGUUUUCAAGAUAGUCCAGGUAAAGCCUCACAAACCCCUCCCCCUCGUCCAUCUACCUAAGCAAAAAAAAAAAACCUACAACAAUUCAACGAACUGGGUUUGACGGCCUAGAAACUUUGUCGCCUCGGAGUUUCCGUUGGAAGUACCAUAAAAUAUCCCCCACUGUUAUUCAUCGACGGUUGGAAGUAGUUCUCUACACUCUUCACUCUACCAUCCGAGCCGUCCGGUAGCUUCACCAUGGCUACCAUCACGGGGAGUCGACCAUCAGGCGCUGCCCUGUCUCCCGCUUCGGACCCUGCUCCGUCUACUCACCAAUUCACUUGCAACACAUGUCAAGUAGCAUUCCGCUUCGCCGACACCCAAAAGGGUCAUAUGAAGAGCGAUUGGCAUCGAUAUAACCUCAAACGCCGUGUUGCAUCAUUGCCUCCUAUCUCGUCUGAGGUAUUCACCGAAAAGGUUCUCCAGGCCCGCGCCGAGACCAGCGCCGAAGCAGACCGUGCCGGCUUCCAACAACUAUGUGAGGUCUGCCAACGAACAUAUUAUAGCGAGAAUUCUUUCCGAAAUCACAUCUCGAGCCAGAAGCACAAGGCAAAGGAAGCAGCUUUACAGCGCCGAGGACCAAAUCAAGAUGAUGCCAGCUCCGUUAUGAGUUCUACCUUUUCCCUUGAACCUGUAGCCACGGAUAACAAGCAAGUCGAUUCUGAAGCAGAGGAGGAAUUCAAUGAAGUUGUCGAAGGCCUUCAGAAGACUAGCCUUACAGAACGUUCAUCUCCAUUAAAGCGACCGGAGAACCCUCAUCCAUCAGCAGAGGCUAAGCACAAGAGAGAACAUCCCAUUUCGGAAGCAGAUGAGUCGGUGGAUCCUAGCGAGGCCGCUUCCAGUACAUCGACACCCAUCCCAAACCUCACACUCAAGUCAUGCUUGUUCUGUAACUACGAUUCACCAACCGUCUCCCUGAAUGUUGUUCACAUGGAGCGCAUUCAUAGCAUGUUCAUUCCUGAGAAGCAGUACUUGGUCGAUAUUGAGGGUCUCAUUGGUGCGUUGCAACAGCGGGUCCACGAAUUCCAUGAGUGUUUGUAUUGUGGAAAGAUCAAGAAUACGGCUCUUGCAGUACAGACGCAUAUGCGUGAUAAGGGCCAUUGCAAAGUACCCUACACCACCGAGGAUGAGCAGGUCGAGAUUGGUGAUUAUUAUGACUUCCGAGCCACGUACUCGGAUGAGGAGGACUCGGAAGAUGAAGUUGAGGAUGGCAAACAGAACGGAGGUGCUAAGCUCGGAGCUAGACGUUCGGCUAAGGCCGUUGGCGAGGACGGUGAUGAGGUUAUGGAAGACGAGGGUUGGGAGACGGACAGCUCUACUUCGUCAUGCAAUUCUGAGGAGAUAGGUUCUAUUCCGGUCGAUCAACAUAUCCACCAAUAUGAGCGACUCGAUAAGCAUCCUCAUCACACAUCCCACGAUCCUCGACACCAUCAUCAGAUGGACGGAUGGCAUUCGCAUGCCCACAAACAUCGGGCCAUUUUCUACGAUGAUACUGAAUUGCACCUGCCUUCGGGUCGUGCAGUUGGUCACCGAUCUUUGGCGAGAUACUAUCGCCAGAACCUUCACAAUUAUCCUUCGCCCGCCGAGCGUGCUAAGACGCUCGCUAUCGAGGCGGCAUCGCCUGAGGGUGAUGCUAUGGAUGUUGAUGGUGCCAAGAAUGGUAACAGUGAGGUUGCUCGACGCCAGGACCGUGGACGGAAUGGCGCUGUUGUAAGCCGGGCGAAUGGUGGAACCGGCAUGUUAGGAGUGACGGACCAAAAGAAAAAGGAAGUGGUACGUGCCGAGCAACGAGGUCGUAAGCAAGAGCACAAGGCAUCGAGACAGAAGGAGUGGGCUGUCAACAAGCAGGCAAACCACCAGAAGUACUACAACUACCAGAUCUUGUAAAGCUCUUUACGAGAUAUUCGGUUCUUAGGCAUUUAUCGAGGACUGAAAGAUUGCUAUGGACAAUUGUAUGCUGCUCCGAUUGCGGAUCAAAUUCGUAGUACCAAAUAAGUCGGGUAUAUAAUACCUAGAAAGCAUCCAUUGAUAUGCAUUACUAAAUAUGUGGGAAAAAGACUCGUUGCUUUUAUCUUGUCGAA